AUGCUAGGCGUUGUACUGUUUUUUGUUUUGACGGUCAAUGAGUUUUCUCACUCUAAAUUUCAGAUGGAGGGACGUUACGUUCUUGAGCUACGUGAUCGCGAUCCGGCUACUGUUGAAGACCUCGUGUUAGACGGCUGUGAAAGUGCUGAGAUUGAAGGACUUAGCGACAAACUUGUGAAACUUCAGAGUCUCAGCAUGGUUCACGUUGGCUUACAAAGUCUCAAAAAUUUGCCGAAACUUCCAAUGUUGAGCAAGCUGGACAUUUCGGACAACAACAUCGCCGGUGGUCUGGAGCAUGUAGCUGACAACUGCCCCGAGCUUCUCCAUCUCAAUCUUGCGUCAAACAAGAUCUCGAAGAUGGAGGAUUUGGAGCCACUGAAGAAAAUGAAACUCGCUGAGCUUGACCUGUUCAACAAUCCCGUUACCGCAGGAGGAGAAGGCGAGUACAGGUCGAAAGUUUUUGAAAUGAUCCCAUCGCUGCAAAUUCUUGACGGAGCUGAUGUUAACGGAGAAGAUGUUGACGAUUCACUCGAUGGAGAGGAUGGUCCUCGAAGGAGAGGAUAG